GCGGCGGCGGCAACCGACGGGGUUGACUCAGUGUUGCUCGGGAGGAUAAUGUUGCGGCGGUGUACACUACUACAACAACUACUACUACCACUACUACUACUACAAAUACUACGACUAGACGGGACUCCGUGACGAUCUCCAUCGCGACCAUGACGCUCGUCUUCGCCAUCCUCGUCGCGUUCGUCUCCGUCGUCGACUGUCACACGUACUUGCCAUCGAAUGAAAUGGCCAAAAGAUCGUACCAAAGCUAUACACCAUACAACGGCACAACGGUGCAAUAUUAUCUGGACGACGUUGACGACAUUGAUGACGAAGACACGGACGAGGACGAUGUGAAAGUUGAUGAUGAUGAUCGGGCCUACAAAAAUCCAAGGAAGCUACCGUCAUCUGAAUGUCCCAGAAAUGAAGAGCAAGCUGCAUUCAUGGGACAAUCAUGUUUACGAAAAUGUUCCUCUGACGAAGAUUGUAAAAGCAAGAAGAAGCAUUGUCUUUGUGAUGGACUUUGUGGAAUGUCAUGUGUAAAACCAGAGAGAGAAUGCGACGAAUUGCCGAAUCCGGAACAUGGCGUGGUGCAAAUGACUGGAAGACUAUUUAGCGACAAAGCUACUUACAGCUGCGAAAUCGGAUAUCAAUUGAUCGGCAGAGACCACAGGACUUGCCACGCCACCGGUGCGUGGUCUGGAGUGGAGCCUUUCUGCAAACAAAGUGUGUUCUGCAAAUCACCUCGUGUAAUCGAAAAUGCAGGUAACAAUGCGUUUGCGGAUCAGCAAACAUUCGACGUUGGAUCUGAAGUUGAGUACCGAUGUAAAGACGGAUUUACGAUGAGAGGUUUCGCUAGAGCUAAAUGUUUGGCAAUGGACAUAUCGGCUUCGUGGUUUGGACCAGAUAUAACAUGUGAACCGAGGACUUGCGGCGCUCCAGGCGUAAUUCCCAAUGGCUGGCAUCAAGGCGAUUGUUCAGACUUCGGUUGCCGUGUGUUCUACAAGUGUUCGGAAGGUUACGAACUAACCGGAAAAUCGGAACGUCUCUGUCAUUCGGACGGAUAUUGGGUACCAAAAGAUUUACCUUCGUGUGUGCCGGUUGACUGCGGUCCUCCCGAAAGUCCGUACAACGGAAACGCGGUAUUCACGUCUACGUCCUACAAUUCGGUAGUAUCAUACGAAUGUAAAUACGGGUACUUACUGUCCGGUGAGCCGACUAGGCGGUGCGGUGCAGACGGCAAGUGGUCAGGCACAACGCCAAUAUGUCAAGAGAUAGAUUGCGGAUCUCCGGGAGAGCUUCAUAAUGGUUGGCUAGAGAACACUGAAAGCGGCACUGGUCUAGGCGCGACGAUUAUUUACCGAUGUCAAGACGGAAUGCUUCUUGUAGGGAACUCUUCGACAGUGUGCCUUGCCGAUGGACAGUGGCGUUAUCCACCACCGCUGUGCCUAGCUCCAUGUGUCGUGCCGGUUAUCCAACAAGGUCACGUGAACAUCACUCGGUCAAACGAUUCCACUCCUUAUGUACCAAAAACGGUUGGUGGUCCCAUUUUAGCGAAACACGGUGACAAACUGUCUGUAAAGUGCAACGCAAAAUACGAGCCAGCUGGCGGAAACAACGAUCUCGCUACUUGUAAUAAUGGUACUUGGACUUACAUACCGAAAUGCGAACCAGCUCAUUGCAAACGUCUACCAGUGAUUCCAAAAAACGGCAUAGUUCUGGCACCACGAAUGGGUCACGGUGCCAAGGCAAAGUUCUCGUGUCGAGAUGGCUACUCACUGGUGGGGGACCGGUACACAGAAUGCCGGUACGGAAAUUGGUCCGGGGAAACUCCAAAAUGCGACGAAGUUUAUUGCACUUUCCCUGGAUAUAUCGAUCACGGUAAAGUUUUAUUAGUGGGAAGUAUGGGCGUUUAUGACUACAGACCAUACGUUCGUAAGAUAAAAAACAACAAGCAAAUCUCGUUUGAGUGUGAUCGAGAAUACGUAAUCGAAUCAGGACCUGUAGGUGCAACCUGUAUUGGUGGCAAGUGGAGCCCCGGAUAUCUGCCAAAGUGCGUACCAUCAAUACAUCCAAAACUCAGACUCAGUAGAUCUAUUAAGAAUAGUACUGAUAUUAAUACGAAUGAACUGAUUACGGAAAAACCAGGUUUUUAUCAGAUUGGCAAAUUAAUAACCUCUAUAAAAGCUUGGUGGAAAAGAAGUAAACGUGCGUUAUCAGCACAAAAUCAACAAGUAAUGAAAGCUAAACAGACGUCAAAUAAAGAUCAAACAGCCAAAAAUCCGGGAGUUAAUAGAGGAUCCAGAGGUCGGGAAUCUGGGGAUUUAUCAUUCAAAGAUUAUGACACCGAAGAUGGUAACUCUACGAUAGACGGAGAAAAAGCUCCACAUAAAGGUGCUAAAGGCAAAGGCAAACAUGGAAAAAGAAAAGUUGGUCCUUGUGAACCUCUAAAAAAUAGUACAAAUGUACAUAUAGAAAUUGUGAGACAAGGAAAGCAUGUUAAUGUUACCCAUUCGCAUGGAACCGUACUCAAAGUUUCAUGUGAUCACGGCUACCAACCUAACGUGGUCAAUGGAACGGCCAAAUGCUGGAGAACUCGAUGGAAGCCAGCAAAACCUGACUGCAAACUUAAACCUUGCUUAAUACCCUACUCAGCAAAUGGUUUUUACAGUAAAGUGGAACCUACGUAUUUAAAUGUAACCGAAAGCACUGAGUUUAUGGAUGGUGAAAUCGUAACUAUUACAUGUUUUUCUGGAUUUAACUUAAAAGGCCCUUCAAGAAUGGAAUGCAGAAAGGGUGACUGGGAUGUUGGAACUAUUUCUGAGUGCACUCCUGCCCCAUGUGAGUUACCGGCUAUAACUCAUGGUCAGUACUUACUUGGAUAUAGAGCAGGUCUUACGAUAGCUAAUGGAUCAUUCGUUACCUUCCAAUGCGAUCCAGAGUUCAUAAAGACUACAUCAGUUUCCAUCGAAUGUGUAUUAGGUCGAUUAGUUCCUAAAGUUCCUUCAUGUAAAAGAGAUGGUGGAUUAUUCAUUACCGGUGCGGAUAUUUUGAAAAAAAGCGAAUUAGGCACCAUUGAUCUUUUGUCCGGGCUUCGAGGAUCUUGCGGACCCCCAGAAUCGGUCCACGGAUCAAUGGUGUUUAGAAACGGAGAAUUGUUAAAAGACGCGGAAAAGAGUUUUCCCGACGGGACAGAAGUGACGUUUAAUUGUAUCGGAAAUAUUAUAGACGAAAAGGUUACGUGGCGUAUACGAUGUGAGGACGGCAACUGGAUUGGCCGGUCGUUGAAUUGCACGAAACCCGUCGAAACCAUGAACUCCACUUUGGACAACACCACUUGUAUGUUUCGAAACAGCGAGCCCAACGUGGUGACGUUCAUAAGUGACACGAUGAUCACGAACGAGCUAACCGAGUUCAACGCAGGAACAGUUUUGGUAUCUCGAUGCUCAGACAUUGGAAAAUACGCGAUGGAAGGAUCCAACAGGCGUGUAUGUUCGAAUGGUGAAUGGUCUGGACAACGUCCGGUUUGUUUUGGGCUAAACCAGGAAAACGAUUAUGCACUGGAAAAACCGCCAACAAUACUGUUUCGCCAUCAGUUAGGGCCGAUAGCGCAGAGUAACGAGGGACGACUAGUCGUCUAUCCGGGAACGAUAUUGCACAUGGAGUGUUUGUGGAUCAAACGGUUCGGCACUCCGAAAUGGAACGUCAGUCAUUCGUUCCGAAAGUAUCCCGAGGGAUGGACAACCGACCCCGGCCGAGACCCGGAUCUCGAAUAUCGGUUGAGUAUCUAUCAUGCGAGCAGAGACGACUCCGGCCUGUUUUCGUGCAUCACCCCUACAAGACACACUCAUUCGGUCGAAAUAAUCGUAAAAGCCGUGCACUGUCCUUCUAUACCGUCGAAACGAAGUUUGAUCAUUGGUUCGCAAAACACAAAACUAAACACUCGAGUAAAGUUUUCUUGCGCUAGAGGCAACAAUCUGAUCGGGGCCUCUGAAAUCGUCUGUUUGCCUUCGGGCAACUGGAGCGAUCCGAUCCCCGCAUGUGAGAUCAUCGAAUGCGAAAAGAUCGAUAACCUAACCGACCCAAACCUACGGAUAGCCGUUCUCAGCCGCCAAGUGGGUGGUGAAAUAAUGUUUAGCUGCAUGCAAGGAUUCGGACUCGACGGGCCCACACACUCGACGUGCCUGCCAACCGGUGAAUGGGAACAGCCGUUCCCCACGUGUGCAGCGGUCACUUGUCCCUGGCCAGGGGACCCGCCGCACGGUUACGCGGCCGUCUCGCAAAACUCGUACAGGCCCGGCGAACACGUGUCCAUCAGCUGCGAACCGUACUACGUGUUGGACGGUCAGCCCAAGCUGGUUUGUGGGGACAACGGAGAGUGGUCAGCGCCAAUGCCAAUCUGUGUUCAAGCCUGCCCAUACCCGGGAACGGUGAUACGGGGCCGCAUGUCCACCGUCAAGUUUUACUACGCCAUCGGGGACGUGAUCACUUUCAGCUGCGACGAGAAUUUGAAAAUCAAGGGAGCCCCCGUGCUGCGGUGCCUCAAACACGGGAAAUGGUCCAAUUCCAUACCGACGUGUGUGUCCAGGAACGAGACUCAGCGGACACAGUAGACCCACGCGUUUUCGUCACCCCGCAGCAGACAGUAUAAUAUUAUACCCGCCGACACGUUAUUUUAAAGUUAUAUUAUUUUAUAAUAUUUCACACGACGAUCCGUGAAAUAGUCACGAUCGUUUGUAUAUUAUUGUCCAUUACAAUUAUUAUUAUUAUUUUUUUUUUUUUGGAUCUCCUAAAUAUCGUUUGGGUCGUAAAAUGUUUACCCUACGCCGUGUUCCUAACCUAACCGAACGUUACUACCUAUAGUAAUAAUGAUAUUAGUAAAGCUCACAAAACCCUAAAAAAUGUAUACCGAGCGCCGGAACAUGUUUUCAGCAAAGUGCGAGCAUUAUUGACGAUUCGUCCCAAAACAGAAAUGUCGAACGGUGUCCGAAUACGAUAAAUUAUAAAUUAUAAUAUUUAAAUAACUGGCGAGGAAAUCCAAUACAAAUCAAUUGCGUUUACGAUUUAUUACUAAAACGGUUAUGACACAAGUCGUAACCAACAGCUGGUUCAACUCGAUGUCACGUGGUGGUGGUGGGUGGGCAGAGCCGUCUGUUUUCAUCCACCUCGAGGGAGAAUUCGUGUACGCUCCGGAAAUUCAUUAUUAGUUUGUUUAUUAGUACACUCGAACGAGUCACGGUUAUGAUGCACUCCAAUAACGUCACGAUUAAACAUUUUGUAAUUUUUUUUAAAUUUUAAACGCGACACUAUAAUAUAUUAUAAUUUGUAAUAUCCACGAGAAGUUUACAAAACUUGAUUUACAAGCAACGUGACAAAUGUCUAUAAAUAUAAUAUGUCUGACGCGUCUUGGUACCCACAACCCACCCUUUCUGUUUGUAUAGGAAACAUAUUAUAUAGUUUCUCAUAUAUUUAUUACAUAAUAUAUUACAUAUUAUUAUUGACAAUAAUACCUACAUAUUGAUUUUACCGUUUUCAAUAUAAUAUAGAAACGGCGGUGAUAUGAUUUUAGAAUCAAAUACAAGCAAACAAAAAUAUAUUAUCAUGUUAUUAAAAAAAAAAA